AUGAAGCUUAUUCUCACCGGCUCAACUGGCUUCAUCGGUCGUGAAGUCCUUUCUCAGUGUCUUCAAAAUCCCGCCAUAACCUCUGUCGUGGCGAUCAGUCGGCGUGACCUACCGGCACACGAGAAGCUCCAGGUCGCCUUGGUUGAGGAUUUUCUUUCCUACCCGGACUGCAUCCGGGAUCAACUCAAAAAUGCGGAUGCAUGUAUCUGGGCACUGGGCAAAGCUCGCAUGCCCAAUAAUGAGACCGCUCGAAUUGUGAGCUUGGAUUAUACCCUCGCGGCAGUGCGAGUCUUCCAAGAUAUAUGCCAGCAACCAUUCCGAUUCAUAUAUUGCAGCGGUGGUGCCGCAGAAAGAGACCAAACCAAGUCACUCUGGUUCAUGCAGGAUUAUCGACGUAUUCGGGGCCAAGUCGAGAAUGAGCUUUUAGUGAUUGCUAACAAGCAUCCUGGGUUUGGGGUAUAUAUAUUGCGCCCGGCUAUGGUUUUGGCUCGUGAUAUGAGCUUGCGCAGUCUGGCGUUUGGUUUGGGGCCGUCGGUCAAGGUGGACGAUCUUGCUAGGGCCAUGAUUCGUUUGGCUAUGAAUGCUGCGAACGAUGUAGAGAGAAACAUAUGGGAAAAUACUGAUAUCAAUAAGGGACUAUAG